CUAUAUUCUAUAUAUAAAUAGAUCCAAGUUAGCCAAGAAAACAUGCACCUUCAUCAUCAUCUUAUUAAGAGUUAAUACAAUACUCCAUAUAUUGUUUUUGUGAGAGUAGAAACUACACAAAGGCAUGAUGUGGAUCCUAGCCUUAUCUGUGGUGGCUGUGUUUGUAAUCUAUUCUUUUCACUGGAUUUUAAUCAUGCUUAAUAGCAACAACAUAAAGUUACCUCCUGGUUCCAUGGGUUUUCCAUUAAUUGGAGAGACCAUUCAAUUCUUGAUUCCUAGUUACUCAGUGGAUAUCCACCCCUUUGUCAAACAGAGAAUGCUGAGGUUUGGUCCCAUAUUUCGAACUAGUCUAUUUGGUCAACCAGUUGUUAUAACAACUGAUGAAGAAUUCAACAAAUUCUUGAUUAGAGAAGAAGGUAAAACAGUUGAGAUAUGGUUAGGUCCAUUAGCUAAAGUUUUUCUCCCCGGUGAAGAAGAUACUCAUUUGCUUGAAAGUGAUUUCAUCAAGUAUGUUAGACAGAUCAUUCUAAGUCAUGUAGGUAUUGAGAACAUUAGGGAGAAACUACUUCCUCAAAUGGAACACUUUUGUUCAGAGACUUUAAGGAACUGGUCAACUAAAACAUCUAUUGAAGUUCAACACUCUUCUGCUAAUUUGGUGCUUGAGUUAUUUGGAAAGCAUUAUUUUGGGUAUGAUCCUGAGAAGUUAACUGAGAAUGAGAAGGUACCACAAUCUUUCAUCAAUUUCUUCGGUGAUGGGCUUCUGUCAAUUCCCUUAGAUAUCCCUGGCACCACAUUCCACACAUGUAAGAAGGACUCACAGAAAAUAUACAAACUUCUCAAGAAUGUUAUGGAGGAGAGGCGCAAAUCACAAGAAAAACAUCGAGGAGAUUUUUUAGAUCAGUUAAUCAAAGAUAUGGGAGCUGAGCAUCCUAUGAACGAAGAUCAAGUUAUUUACUUUAUAGUGGGAAUUUGGGUGGCUACUUUUCUCACAAAUUCAACAAUCUUGGCAAUAAUCUUCAACUUUUUAUCUGAUCAUCCUUCAGCCAUAGAAGAACUAAGAGUCGAACACGAAGAUAUUCUGAAGAAUAGAGAUGGAUCAAGCUCUUCUUUAACAUGGCAUGAAUACAAAUCCAUGAAAUUUACCCAACACGUAAUCAACGAGGCUCUAAGAUACUCAAUUAUAUUUCCUGGAUUAUUAAGAAAAGCUUUGAAAGAUAUCCCCAUAAACGGUGGUGAUAAUAUAAUACAUAAUAUAUUGAUAUUUACGAAGUUAUAG